GGUGCAGCGCCCCUGGCGGCCAGCUGGCGCAGCUCGCGCCACUGACCACCAGUUGCGUCGAAGCCGUCGACGGCGACACGACUGGCUGACCCGGGGAAGGGGACACAAACGAGCCUGUAGAUCGCCAGACGUGAGCCGGGGCGGUCGGCGGUGGCGACCGGGCCUGGCCGGCCGCAGCGAACGGUGCACAACACAGGCAAGCUGAGACUGACUGAGCCGAGAGGUAAGUGGUCGCCUGGACAACCGCAGCGCUGCACAAAAGCUUCUAGUUCGUAGUUGCACGAAAUCUGACCGAAAAGCGCUCGCAUAGACUAAGCACGUAGAAUCAAGGCACUUAGCAGCCACCAGUUGUUCUGUUUUAAGCGCUGUUUGUAAUAAUCACCGACUCGACGACUCUUCAAGGCGCACUCGAGUCGCUGAAGCUCCCGGUCAUCUGAGCGCCAACCUUCAGUCCCCGGCGUCGCCUCACUCUCGGCCCCUCUCCGUCGGCCGAUGGGGCGGAAGCGGAAGGCGUUCGACCCCGCCGCGGCCUCCGGCCUGCGCCAGAGCGCGCUGGAGCGCCGUCUGUGCAACGUUAUCUGUCUGUGCCAGCUGCUGGCCAUCAUCUCCGGCGUGGCACUCAUCUACCUCUGCUUCAUCGUCAUCAAGCCGAGCCACUACACGCUGGCGGCGCGCUUCGAGGACGACGCGUCCGUGUGCACCACGCUCGGUUCGACCACGAGCGGCGCGUGCCUGCGCCCCUCGUGCGCCGAGUGGUGCCUCUCCAGCACGGGCGGCACGUGCCGUGUCAUCACGGCGUCGGUGCGUCGGCCCGGUGUCACGGUGGUGUUCCGGGACUGUCAGCUGCAGGACCAGUUCUGCUCGGAGCUCAGCCCCGACCACCUGCAGACGUUCGUCUGCUCGGAGGGAGAGGAUGACGGCGAGUGUCACGGCCUGCAUGGCCUCUUCAACUGCUCCGAGAUCGCCGCCAAGCCGCGCGUCGGCCGCGGCCCGCACACGUCGAUCUGUAAAAAUGUGACGGCGCUGAGCCAGUGCACCAACACGGCGCGCUGGCAGCAGCCGGAAAACCUCACCCGCUGCAACCGGUACGUGUGUAACCACCUGCGCGGCGUGUUCGAGUGCGUGGACGGCGUGUGCCGGCAGCUGCAGUCGCCGCGCUGCCACGCGCGCUGCGCCGACCUCACCAUGGGCAACAUCGCCGUGGCCACCGCCGACCGGUUCCACUGGGGCCGCUGCCGGGCGGCUGAGGUGCUCGGCGAGCCACUGUGGAAGGCCGACGAGCAGCCGCCGCUGGCCAUCUUCUGCACCCGGCUGCAGGGCGGCGCCGCCGGCGACCUGGUCGGCGACGACUGCGUCAACGGCACGCUGGUGCCGGCCGACGAGUUCGGCGCGCUGGAGACGUACCGGGCCGUGCGCGCCGCGCUGCGCCGCCACGCGCGCCUGCUGGUGCCCGCCGAGGAGUUCAUCUUCAACGCCACCCAGGUGAUGGUUAACAUCGACGGCUGCGUGAACACGCUGCGCAGCGAGUGCAGCGGCUGGCUGGCCGAGCGCCUGGUGGACGGCAGCGACGGCCGCCACCCGGCCGUCUACCCGUGCCACGUCACCCCGAGCAGCACCGACUACGUCAUCACCGACUACGACCGGCGCCAGACCAUCCGGCAGAUGGCCCUGGCCGCCACGCUGCCCUGCGCCUUCCUGACGCUCUCCUGCCUCUGCCUCUUCAUCUGCGGCAAACUGGUCCGCGUCAGCGAGUACGGCGUCUUCUACUGCCGCGACUGCCACGCGCAGAGCCCCACCCGGGACCCCAAGAAGUCGAGCACCCUCUGACGCCACGCCAAGGGGAGGUACCGCGCCACCGGCCGGGCCAGCCAAGAGUCGACGAGCCCCAUCAUACCGCCCACGCACUGAGGACGGGGUCACGUGACCGCGCUGACCUCCGAAAGGUCACCUUCGCCACACCCGAUUUCACAGCUGGCUCCCAACCGAAUUACAUGACGGAGUCGUGUCUCCAAACUGACCCGAAUCCCUGAUCCCUUAUGCGUUUUUCAUUGUCUUGGUGUUACUGUAGUGAACGAGCUUAGAUAUAGUUUUCUGAAAGAAGGUUAGUCGUUUUUAUUAGAGGGUAUUCUUUGAAACUUCUUUGCUGCUGUUGUAUCUAUGAAUGAAACUGCGAAAAGCUUUAGAUGUGUAGUGAGUGCACAAUUUCAGCUUGUUUCAUAAUGGAUUUCAAGUAGGUAGGUGCGCACUAGGCAAGAUCGCAUCUUCAUUCCACGUAUACCUAGUAAGCAGUGGGUUCUGUAUUUUUUUGUCUUCACCCUCAUU